CAGCGUUGGAGGAAGCAACACUGUGCCCAGGUCCAGGCCAAUGCAGCGAAGCCAAAUAAAGGGAGGAGAGAGCAGGCGGUCAUAUGCAAGGCAGAAAUGACUAGAAGACCAAGGUACUGAACCCACGCCCUGGGCAGCGAAAACACAGAGUCCUAACCGCUGGACCACCAGGGAAUUUCCAGAGUUGAGAAGACUGUUUCGACUUGAAGACACCCGUAUCAGGUGAAUGGAGAGCCAGCUACCGCCAUGAAAGAAAGGCAAUAACGAGGCCCUGGGAAGCCGGGGAGAAUUAAGGAUCGCAUGGCCUGCUGCGCACGCCUACCGGCUCUGCCUGCUGAGGAGGGAGUUCCCCAGCCCGGCACAGCAGCUGCCCGCCCGUGUGGAGACCUAGCCCGGGAACGAAAUCAAACCAGGAAUAACCUAUGCUGAGCCCUUGCGUCAAUCGUCCCCGAGUGUUUCCUGACACGUAUUUUUGCUUACAGUCCCUCAGAACUAAAGAAUGGGACUCAACGUGACAUUUGCAAAAUUACCAGAUAAUGAGCUGCACGGUCCAGGGAAUCACACCCCAAGUAACACAAGCGAUGGACCCGGAAAGAACACCACCAUUAACAACGAAUUUGACACUGUCGUCUUGCCUGGGCUUUACCUCGUCAUCUUUGUGGCAAGCAUCUUGCUGAAUGGUCUAGCUGUGUGGAUCUUCUUCCACAUUAGGAAUAAAACCAGCUUCAUAUUUUAUCUCAAGAACAUAGUGGUUGCUGACCUCAUAAUGACGCUGACGUUUCCAUUUCGAAUAGUCCACGAUGCAGGAUUUGGACCUUGGGACUUCAAGUUUAUCCUCUGCCGAUACACUUCGGUUUUAUUUUACGCCAACAUGUAUACUUCCAUCGUGUUUCUCGGGCUGAUAAGCAUUGAUCGCUACCUGAAGGUGGUAAAGCCGUUUGGCGACUCUCGCAUGUACAGCAUAACCUUUACAAAGAUUUUGUCUAUUGGUGUCUGGGUGCUCAUGGCUAUCCUGUCCUUGCCAAACAUCAUUCUAACAAACGGUCAACCAACUAGGGAAAAUAUUCAUGAGUGCAUGAAACUUAAGAGUCCUUUGGGAGUGAAAUGGCAUAAGGCCAUCAUUUAUGUCAACAGCUGCUUGUUUGUGGUUGUGCUGGCGAUGCUGAUAGGAUGUUACAUAGCCAUAUCCAGGUACAUCCACAAAUCCAGCAGGCAGUUCGUGAGCCAGUCCAGCCGAAAGCGAAGACAUAACCAGAGCAUUAGGGUGGUCGUGGCCGUGUUUUUCACCUGUUUCCUACCCUAUCACUUGUGCAGGAUUCCUUUCACUUUUAGCCACCUGGACAGACUCUUAGAUGAAUCGGCACACGAAAUCCUAUAUUACUGCAAAGAAAUGACGCUUUUCUUGUCUGCGUGCAACGUGUGCCUGGAUCCGAUAAUUUACUUUUUUAUGUGUCGCUCAUUCUCAAGAAGGCUGUUCAAGAAAUCAAAUAUCAGAACGAGGAGUGAGAGCAUCCGAUCACUGCAAAGUGUCAGAAGAUCAGAGGUCCGCAUAUACUAUGAUUAUACUGAUGUGUAG